AUGAAUCCAUCAAAGCCUGUCCUACCAGGGGACACAAGCUUCGAGUACACCACGAUAGCUGGUCUUGACGACACCUCCCCGGGAGAGAUCGUCAGUGUUAUCGGUGUUGUUGCAUCGUACAAACCCGCUCGAAAGACCCGAGGAAAAGACUUCGUUACCUCAAUCACUCUAUGCGACUCGACUCGUUCACUCGUGUCAUCUGGGCUGAUGAUCAACAUCUUUCGGGAGAACAUCGCAGAUAUGCCAACGUUCACAAGACCCGACUACGACCCCGGAGAUGACAAGAACCCUAUUGUUAUGGUGUGCAGGAAUAUGAAGCUACAGAGGUACGGUAAUAACAUUCAAGGGCUUAGCCGGUGGGAUACCUCGCUGUGCGAGACUCAGGGCAAUCGAUUGCAACACAUCGGUAAGCCGUCAACCUUGACAGCGGAUGAACGUCGUUACGCGACUGAACUUUCGAAAUACUGGACGACCCGUGGUGGUACCGCCGGUGCAAUGGGCGUUUCUGCACAACAAAUUGGUAGGAAGCACGUUACUCAGGUAGACGCUGCUCCUGCAAUGCAGCCAGGGACACGGCCCACUGCGAAGAUCUCGGAGCUACAGUUUGAUCGCUUCUAUGAUGUUUAUGCACAGGUAUUGAAGGCCUAUCCAGUCGUAGGGCCACGAGGAGAAUGCGAGAUUUAUGUUAGCGACUUCACUGAGAACGCUCUCGUGAAACACUGGAGGCAAGGUGAAAACACGCGGCACACAUUCCCCGAGGGACGGUUUGUGCUACAAGUUACUUUAUAUCCUCCGCACUCACAAUGGGCUCGUCAGAAUGUCUUAAUGGAGGGAGAAUUUGUACUGUUGCGGAAUUUACGUGCGAAACGUAAUCGUGAUGGGCUACUAGAAGCGAAUCUGCAUGGUGAUCGCGAGAACGAGGAGAAGGUAAACAUCGAGAAGGUGCACAAAACGGAUGCUGUGCUUGUGAAUAUCCAUCGACGGCAGCGCGCACUUGAGGCAGCCUUGAAACGUCAGGCGGAGGGGGAGGCUAGAGAACUGAAGCGGAAACAACGGGAGGAAGAAGAAGCAGAAAGAGAACGGAAAAAGCCUGCACCGAAUGUGGUCACUGUACAUCCUCACAUUGCCUUCACGUUGCCAGGAGAUGUGCCCGAUCCGAAUCCUGAGAGACCUCGAAAGUACAGGAUGCACGUCCGUGUAAUUGGCUUUCAGCCACGGGAUCUGGCUCAUUUCCGCGUGCAGUGGUGCGACAGAUGCCAGUCCACGCUGUCUCGAGUAUACGAAGCUUGUCCACGCUGCUUGUUCUCAAGUGCUCCCGCUUUGCCAGACUCUGACGCAUCAGACGAUGAGGAGACCACGCAAGUACCCACCCCAACGCCAUCACAGAGCAGGGACAGGGACGGCAUAGUGACAGAUUCGAAUGGAAAGAAGUGGGUAUGGCACUUUGGUCUAUUGGUGGAAGGCACGGAUGGCAUUGCCAGACCUGUAUCAGUUUCAGGAGCAGAUGCUAUCGAGCUCCUUGGUGGUCUUAAACCAUCCUGUCUUUCGACACCGAAUGGUAUCGAUAGACUCAGGGAAAUACUGUUCAUGAUGUGGGGAAACCUGCAGGAGAUGAAUACGGCCGCGGGGAUGUUGGAGGCGAACCUCAGAGCUGGCAAGGGAAAGGGGAAGAAGAAGAAGGCGAUAGCAGAACAAAAACCGAAGGAGGUGAUGAGGCCAUGGUUUGAGUGCUGCACGCAGGAGAUGUACAUGGACGGUCGUCGACACAGGCUUCUGCAGAUGUUCGGGACGAGGAUUGUGUAG